AUGAGCUCGCUCUUUCUACCGAAUCCAUGUCUACUAGGCAUACUGUUGUGUAUAUCGACACAUGAUGGCAACCAUUUAGUAUUUCACUAUCCGCCAAAGCCAGGAUACUUUGGGUACAGGCCUGUGCCACUCAGAAACAGCUCGAUAGACCAGGCUAAGGCGUAUUCAGACAGUUCUUUGGAGAGUAGUUCUAGUGAAGAGGAAGAAGAAGAAGAAGAAGAUCCAGAAUGGGAAGAUGAGUUUGAAAAAGGGGGUCACAGAGUGGGAAAAGGCAGGGCCAGCGAUGAGGAAAGCGGUCAAAGCAGUAGUAGCAGCACUGGUGGCGAUGCUACAGAUUUCGAAGGAAACGAAGAUGCGUUUAGUGAGAGGUCGGAAAUGGACGAUGAGAGACGAUCUGAAUCCAGAAACGAGAACUUGGACGAUACAUACAGGGGAAGAAGGUCCAGGGGAAGCCAGAUUGGUCCCAACAUUAGAUCGAUCUCGAAAAGCGCCCGGAACUAUAGCAAUUCGUCCGUGGAAGAGGGCCGGGCAAGUUCGUACAUCCGUACACACGUAAGGUCGUCUUCGAUUGUCAGUUCUGCAAACAUCAUGGGCAAUGAGACGGGAUCUGGCGGACCGACGCAGUCUGUGCGGUCGGCAUAUACGGGAUCGCCGAAUGUGGGGGUCACUGGUAACAGUAUAGCGUCUCUCACGAGCAGUAUUCAAAGAAGUGGAUCUGGGGGGUCUACAGGGUGGAAAAGACGGCAUUUGAAGCGUAAGAAACGGAUCCACAAGGUGCAGAAGCUCUUCGGGUUUGACCUGGACUUCUUGAGCGAGAUGGUGUGCCCUCCUAAAGCACUCUGCAACAAUAGAUUCGAGCUCACGGUCGAGGAUACGGCAUUUCUAGGUCUUCCGAUUCAUAUUGGAGAUGAUGGAAAUUGGAGACCCACACAUCAUCACCAUCACCGGCACAGACAUGGUCGUAAUAAGGGAGAUAGUGCACGCUCGGGCAGCCGGAAGAGUAACCAGGGCUUGGAAAGUGAUGAAGAAAGUACCAGCAGGGAUAAGACAGAACAUACAAGUGGAUCUGAAAGAGAGAACGAGAACGAGAACGAGAAUGAAAAAGAGAAUGAAGAUGAGGACGACUGCCCCAUGUAUCUCUUCAACUUGGUGUUUGUGAUGAACCCGCCCGUGGAUGAGUACAACUACAGGACGGACGAGAUGUACCAUUACGUAAUCAGCCGGCUGUCGCUACUUCUGCGGUACGAGCAGCAGAAGAACAACUACGUGUGGAAGGAGUCGUCGAAAAUCAUGAAGUACAAGGAGGAGGCGAUGUCAUUGGGACUUUCGGUGAAACGGCAGUGGAACUACAUAGUGGAGAAGUCUUCGUUGGCCCGAGCGAUCAAACAGACGUAUUUGGCGAUGAAGAACUCGGAGAUUGUGAAUGUGGACAUAAACGGCAAAAUCAGCUCUUUCCAGAUUCCAAUCACGACGGAAUUCAGUGUAAUUCCACCGGCACACACCCGAUUGCUUCCCGGAUCGACGCUUUCGUCCAUUUCGCCGAUGAAUGGGAUGACAAUGGACCCAGUGAGCAACCCAGGAUUUCCUCCGCAAAACGAUGAGAUGAUAGUGUACUUUGCACUCCUCCUAUUGGACGAUCCGGAGAGCAUUGUGCAGGAUAUCAAGGCUAAAAAGGACUCUCUGAUAGCGAACUUUAUCCGCAUGAUCAAGCCAAGUGAGAGUCUUCUGCGGUUAUCUGCACUAAGUGGGCUGAGCUUGAACGAUGUGAAGCUAUUUGCGAGCCAUUUGGUGUACUGGCGUAGGGCGAAGGCGAUUCUUCCCUUAACGCCGCGAAAUGUGUACAUUGUGUCGCCAAUUGCACCGAUGGACGACGUUUACAGGGAUUCGGUGAAGUUCCGGCAGGCAUUUCCGAACUUGCCACCUUUGACAAGCAUUUUGUCGCUGAUAUCGACUAAUUCGGACAGGCCACAUCCGAUAAACAGCAUAAUCCCAAGCAGAGACCACCGUGACUUGUACAUGAAUGCAGUCUCGUGGCUGAUGAAGCGCGGGUAUCUAACGCAGCUUUGCACGUUUCUCUGGUUGAAGAUCACGAAGCAGAUCAAGAUCAAAGUGGACGAGGAGGUGGAGAUCGAGAGGAAGCGGAGGGAAAGCAUGAAGAAAAAGAAGGAGUUCAAUAUUCUGACGAAUGCGAAAAGUUCACGGAGGCUCAAACGCAUGCAGAACGGUAAGAGGAAGAGCCACCGGAGUUUGAACCAUGGGGAUUUGUCGGAGGAAGGAGCAGCGAACGAUUCUGAUGCAUUUAGUGCCGAUGAAGGUUCAGGUGAGAAUGCAGGAGGCAGUUUGUACAAUCAUGGGGUGGGAAAGGACGGAAAACAUGCAGAUGAUGCGGAAAGAAACGCGAAUGAUGUGGCAAUCAUUGAUACGGAAGAUGAGGAGAUGGGGAGAGCGAAAGCUGGUGAACGUUCGCGCGAAAAUACAAAGUACGGGGCCUUUGGACGGGAAAGCGGCAUUCGAGGAAAGACCCUUGACACAGAUAACACCACGAAGAAAACUGGGGCGGUAAGAAGGGCGGAUAGAAGUGAAAGACCUUGGCUGAGUAGAGCACAGAGUGUGGAGAGUGGUGCAAGGGAGAGCGACAGUGUCAGCAGCACAUUUGGCACAUCCAGAAGCAGUUUGGCUGGUGCACCUAUCCAGUUUGAGGAGGAGGAUGAGGAGGACACGAUUCUCCGAGAUCCAGAGUCUGCGACGGCCUUGGAGAGAAGAUGGAUUGCCAAAUGUGUGGAGUCCAAGCCACUGGAAGUUGUGAAUCUUUUCUACAAGCUGCUCAAGUUCAUGAAUGGCGAAAAUCCGCUCGAGCUGAUCAUUCUGAGGGAGAAUGUGAGCCGGCAGGAUGUUCGGAAGAUGCUGAAUGCGAUGCAGGAGCAUGUUGUUGUUUCGAGGCACUGGUAG